AUGGCAGCAAACGACGAUGUCGAGUACAAGUCGGAACGGCGCAGCGGCGGCCACAUCGACGAGGACGACGCACGGUGGCUGCAGAUGGACGUCUACCAGAAGCCGGAGACCCCCAAGGACGCUGAGGACGUCGGUCCGGCUCCCCCGGUGACGUUCGACGGUGUCGAGGACGACAUCCCCGCGCCGCCUGCGGCGCCGGCCGCGCAGCCGGGGACGUUCUUGGGGAUGCCGUCCUCGACAUGGGCCACGUCCCUCGGUCUCGCUGUUGCGAUCCUUCUUAUCGGCCUGGACGCCACGAUUGUGAGUGUUGCUACGCCGCAGAUUACCGACGACCUCGGCGGUCUUGACGAUGUCGGCUGGUUCGGCUCCGUGUAG